AUGUGUUCUCCAAUGCAGCGCAAUGUCAUUCAGUCAGCAUUACAGGCACCAAGCUCCUUAGAUCCUAUCAUUACAGACGAACGGUCAUCAAGGGCGCUUCUGCGCCUUAUGGAAUUUGGACGAGCAAUUGGGUUGAAUAUUGAGGUAGGUUUAUGGCGUGUAAACUCGCUAUAUCUCUUUGACAUUUCAUCACUGACGGCCCUUGUUUUGGUCUCGCUUUGUCAGCAUCAAACAAUUGACUUCUGGCAAGCUUUCGUAGCCAAAUUCUUUGGCAAUGCCGGCAAGUUGAGAUACAAGCUUGUCAAUCCAGUGACGAGCGAAAGCAAGGUCUUUGAAUUGACGGCGCCAUCAUUGCCCCGAUUUUACUUGGGAACUGUUGAAUCAGGGAUCAAACAAUUACAACUUAUUUUGGAGCAAGCAUUAGGGCAGACUGCUCCCUUUCCUCUUAUUGUCGAGUGCCCGAGAAUCACUCUUGUUUCACAUCAUAUAAAUGGUUCUAAGAUUUUUGCAAAAGGGACUAUCAAAGCAACGUUUGCAACUGAUUUUAAAUUUGAUCUUCUGGAGUUGACUUCGUUAGGCUUCGAAGAGUUCAUAUCUCGACCUGUGGAUGAAACAUUGGGCAGUCCACUCCUAGAAUCAAAGAUUGAAGGCAAAAAGAAGGGAAACAUGAAAAGAGCCUUGACCACAUCUAAAAAGGCAACCCAGAGUAUACCUGAAAGCAUUGUGAAUGAGUUUGGAAUCACUCAUAAAGCUAUGCGACUGUUGGAGGUAGGCAUAGCAAGCAUUUAA